AUGACGGAAUACUUCAAGCUCCUACAACAGGUGACCACGAACGUUCCUCCGGAGCAGAUAUAUAACAUCGACGACACUAGCUUCCCAGUUGGGUUAAGACCGUUGGAGAAACUGGAACAGCUGCUCAUCGUGUCACGGGCGGUUCAGGAAAAGAAAAUUUUACUCUGGAUGGCUAGUAAAUGUGAUGAAUUUCCUGGAAUAGUUUAUGCUGCAACCAAAAACGACUGGAUGGAGACGGAUGUUUUCGCCAACUGUUUCGAGCGGUCCUUUCUAAGUGAUACCGCUGAGGGACAAUUGGUCCUACUUCACGAUGGCCAUGUAUCACAUGUUUCUCUUGCUCUCAUCCAAAAAGCAAUCGAGAAUAAUGUUGUGAUACUCAAACUUCCGCCCCACACAAGUCAUCUCUUGCAGCCUAUGGACCUGGCAGUGUUUAAACCCAUUGAACCAUUGAAGCAAGAGUAUGACAACAUUGACUACAACAAAGGAAUCUAUUCCGACAUCCACAACCGCAGUAACACCAACGUCGGUCAGCACAACAUCAUCAACAGGAAGUGCAACAACAUCAACAACAGUAGCAGGUACAACAUCAACAACAGAAGGUCCAACGACUUCGACAACAGUAGCCGAUACAACAUCGACAACAGUGGCAGGUACAUCGUCAACGACAGAAAGUCCAACGACUUCGACAACAGUAGCAGGUACGACAUCAACUACAGACAGUGGAACAACAUCGACAACAGUAGCAGGUACAACAUCAACUACAGAGAGUGGAACAACAUCGACAACAGUAGCAGGUACAACAUCAACAACAGGCAGUGGUACAACAUCAACAACCAUGGGAGAUACAACGUCAACGACAGAAGGUCCAACGACUUCGACAACAGCAGCAGGUACAACAUCAACAACAGGCAGUGGUACAACAUCAACAACAGUGGCAGGUAUAACAUCAACAACAGAAGGUCCAACGACUUCGACAACAGUGACUGGCUCAACAUCUACGACAGAAGGUCCGACGACUUCGACAACAGUGGUCGGCUCAACAUUUACGACAGAAAGUGGUACAACAUCGACAACAGUGGAAGGUACAACGUCAACGACAGAAAGUGCAACGACUUCGACAACAGUAGCAGGUACAACAUCAACGACAGAAGGCCCGACGACUUCGACAACAGUAGCAGGUGCAACAUCAACAACAGUGGCUGGGUCAACAUCAACAACAGAAAGUGGAACAACGUCGACAACAGUGGCUGGGUCAACAUCAACAACAGAAAGUGGAACAACGUCGACAACAGUGGCUGGCUCAACAUCAACAACAGAAAGUGGAACAACGUCGACAACAGUGGCUGGCUCAACAUCAACAACAGAAACUGGAACAACGUCGACAACAGUAGCAGAUACAACAUCAACGACAGAAGGUCCGACGACUUCAACAACAGUAGCAGUUACAACGUCAACAACAGAAGGGGCAACGACAUCGACAACAGUAGGAGGUACAACAUCAACUGUAGAGAGUGGAACAACAUCGACAACAGUAGCAGGUACAACAUCAACAACAGAAGGUCCAACGACAUCGACAACAGUGGCCAGCUCAACAUCUACGACAGAAAGUGGUACAACAUCGACAACAGUGGCAGGUACAACAUCAACACCAGCAAGUGGAACAACGUCGACAACAGUAGCAGGUACAACGUCAACGACAGAAGGAGCAACGACAUCGACAACAGUAGGAGGUACAACAUCAUCGACAGAAGGCCCGACGACUUCGACAACAGUAGCAGGUGCAACAUCAACAACAGAAAGUGGAACAACGUCGACAACAGUAGCAGGUAUAACAUCAACAACAGAAGGUCCAACGACAUCGACAACAGUGGCUGGCUCAAUAUCAACAACAGAAAGUGGAACAACGUCAACAACAGUGGCAGGUACAACAUCAUCGACAGAAGGCCCGACGACUUCGACAACAGUAGCAGGUGCAACAUCAACAACAGUAAGUGGAACAACGUCGACAACAGUGGCAGGUACAACGUCAACGACAGAAGGGGCAACGACAUCGACAACAGUAGGAGGUACAACAUCAACUACAGAGAGUGGAACAACAUCGACAACAGUAGCAGGUACAACAUCAACAACAGGCAGCGGUACAACAUCCACAACAGUGGCAGGUACAACGUCAACAACAGAAGGUCCAACGACAUCGACAACAGUGGCCGGCUCAACAUCUACGACAGAAAGUGGUACAACACCGACAACAGAAAGUGGAUCAACGUCGACAACAGUGGCUGGCUCCACAUCAACUACAGAAAGUGGUACAACAUCGACAACAGUGGCAGGUACCACAUCAACAACAGAAAGUGGAACAACGUCGACAACAGUGGCUGGCUCAACAUCAACAACAGUAAGUGGAACAACGUCGACAACAGUAGCAGAUACAACAUCAACGACAGAAGGUCCGACGACUUCAACAACAGUAGCCGGCUCAACAUCAACAACAGAAAGUGGAUCAACGUCGACAACAGUGGCUGGCUCCACAUCAACUACAGAAAGUGGUACAACAUCGACAACAGUGGCAGGUACAACAUCAACAACAGCAAGUGGAACAACGUCGACAACAGUAGCAGAUACAACAUCAACGACAGAAGGUCCAACGACUUCAACAACAGUGGCUGGCUCAACAUCAACUACAGAAAGUGGUACAACAUCGACAACAGUGGCAGAUACAACAUCAACGACAGAAGGUCCGACGACUUCGACAACAGUAGCAGGUGCAACAUCAACAACAGUAAGUGGAACAACGUCGACAACAGUGGAAGGUACAACGUCAACGACAGAAGGGGCAACGACAUCGACAACAGUAGGAGGUACAACAUCAACUACAGAGAGUGGAACAACAUCGACAACAGUAGCGGGUACAACAUCAACGACAGAAGGUCCAACGACAUCGACAACAGUAGGAGGUACAACAUCAUCGACAGAAGGCCCGACGACUUCGACAACAGUAGCAGGUGCAACAUCAACAACAGAAAGUGGAACAACGUCGACAACAGUAGCAGGUAUAACAUCAACAACAGAAGGUCCAACGACAUCGACAACAGUGGCUGGCUCAAUAUCAACAACAGAAAGUGGAACAACGUCAACAACAGUGGCAGGUACAACAUCAUCGACAGAAGGCUCGACGACUUCGACAACAGUAGCAGGUGCAACAUCAACAACAGUAAGUGGAACAACGUCGACAACAGUGGCAGGUACAACGUCAACGACAGAAGGAGCAACGACAUCGACAACAGUAGGAGGUACAACAUCAUCGACAGAAGGCCCGACGACUUCGACAACAGUAGCAGGUGCAACAUCAACAACAGAAAGUGGAACAACGUCGACAACAGUAGCAGGUACAACAUCAACAACAGAAGGUCCAACGACAUCGACAACAGUGGCUGGCUCAAUAUCAACAACAGAAAGUGGAACAACGUCAACAACAGUGGCAGGUACAACAUCAUCGACAGAAGGCCCGACGACUUCGACAACAGUAGCAGGUGCAACAUCAACAACAGUAAGUGGAACAACGUCGACAACAGUGGCAGGUACAACGUCAACGACAGAAGGGGCAACGACAUCGCCAACAGUAGGAGGUACAACAUCAACUACAGAGAGUGGAACAACAUCGACAACAGUAGCAGGUACAACAUCAACAACAGGCAGCGGUACAACAUCCACAACAGUGGCAGGUACAACGUCAACAACAGAAGGUCCAACGACAUCGACAACAGUGGCCGGCUCAACAUCUACGACAGAAAGUGGUACAACACCGACAACAGAAAGUGGAUCAACGUCGACAACAGUGGCUGGCUCCACAUCAACUACAGAAAGUGGUGCAACAUCGACAACAGUGGCAGGUACCACAUCAACAACAGCAAGUGGAACAACGUCGACAACAGUAGCAAGUACAACAUCAACGAUAGAAGGCCCGACGACUUCGACAACAGUAGCAGGUACAACAUCAACGACAGAAGGUCCGACGCCUUCGACAACAGUAGCAGGUGCAACAUCAACAACAGUAAGUGGAACAACGUCGACAACAGUGGCAGGUACAACGUCAACGACAGAAGGGGCAACGACAUCGACAACAGUAGGAGGUACAACAUCAACUACAGAGAGUGGAACAACAUCGACAACAGUAGCAGGUACAACAUCAACGACAGAAGGUCCAACGACAUCGACAACAGUAGGAGGUACAACAUCAUCGACAGAAGGCCCGACGACUUCGACAACAGUAGCAGGUGCAACAUCAACAACAGAAAGUGGAACAACGUCGACAACAGUAGCAGGUACAACAUCAACAACAGAAGGUCCAACGACAUCGACAACAGUGGCUGGCUCAAUAUCAACAACAGAAAGUGGAACAACGUCAACAACAGUGGCAGGUACAACAUCAUCGACAGAAGGCCCGACGACUUCGACAACAGUAGCAGGUGCAACAUCAACAACAGUAAGUGGAACAACGUCGACAACAGUGGCAGGUACAACGUCAACGACAGAAGGGGCAACGACAUCGCCAACAGUAGGAGGUACAACAUCAACUACAGAGAGUGGAACAACAUCGACAACAGUAGCAGGUACAACAUCAACAACAGGCAGCGGUACAACAUCCACAACAGUGGCAGGUACAACGUCAACAACAGAAGGUCCAACGACAUCGACAACAGUGGCCGGCUCAACAUCUACGACAGAAAGUGGUACAACACCGACAACAGAAAGUGGAUCAACGUCGACAACAGUGGCUGGCUCCACAUCAACUACAGAAAGUGGUACAACAUCGACAACAGUGGCAGGUACCACAUCAACAACAGAAAGUGGAACAACGUCGACAACAGUGGCUGGCUCAACAUCAACAACAGAAAGUGGAACAACGUCGACAACAGUAGCAGAUACAACAUCAACGACAGAAGGUCCGACGACUUCAACAACAGUAGCCGGCUCAACAUCAACAACAGAAAGUGUAUCAACGUCGACAACAGUGGCAGGUACAACUACACCAACAGAAGGGGCAACGACAUCGACAACAGUAGGAGGUACAACAUCAACUACAGAGAGUGGAACAACAUCAACAACAGUAGCAGGUACAACAUCAACAACAGAAGGUCCAACGACAUCGACAACAGUGGCCGGCUCAACAUCUACGACAGAAAUUGGAUCAACGUCGACAACAGUGGCUGGCUCCACAUCAACUACAGAAAGUGGUACAACAUCGACAACAGUGGCAGAUACAACAUCAACAACGGAGAGUCCAACGACUUCGACAACAGUAGCCGACUCAACAUCAACAACAGAAAGUGGAUCAACGUCGACAACAGUGGCUGGCUCAACAUCAACUACAGAAAGUGGUACAACAUCGACAACAGUGGCAGGUACAACAUCAACAACAGAAAGUCCCACGACUUCAACAACAGUAGCCGGCUCAACAUCAACAACAGAAAGUGUAUCAACGCCGACAACAGUGGCAGGUACAACAUCAACAACAGAAGGUCCAACGACUUCAACGACAGUGGUCGGCUCAACAUCUACGACAGAAGGAACAACAACGACAACAGAGGCAGGUUCAACUUCCACUACAGGAGGUGUAACGACGUCGACAACAAUAACCGGUUCGUAAUCGACAAGAAAAGGUACCACAACAACGGACGGAUCAAUCACAACGAUUUCCAGCAUUUCAUCAUCCAGCACUUCGCCAACGCUGUUUCCAAUUUUUACAACUGGGUCGUCGAUUGGGAGUACCUCAAGCUCGAUCGCUCAAAUUACUCUGUUUCCAACAGUCUUAGCAACAACCACGCCUUCAACAUCAUUGCGAUCAUCGCAACUGUUACAGCCUGCCCUAACAUGUUUGCACACCCAAACUUCGUAUUUCCAUCGAAAAUUUUAAAUCCUCUACGUGGAAGCCGCUGUCCCUCAUUAGGUGCACUACUAUUCAACCGUAUACAUAACAGAAAUCAUUUGAGAUUUGUGGCAUAGGUUGUAGAUUCUGGUAGGAUUAAUGAUCGAAAUUGAUUACAUAAUACGAAGCAUCACGAAUUUAUAGAGAUUAGUAUCAAGAAGAAUAUCAUAAUAUUUGAUAUUCAAAUCAUGCCCACAAUGCCCAGUAUUCUGUUUCAUGUUACGAAAUGAUUACUUUUUAAA